CCCGAAUCUGAUCCCUCCUUGUCUCAGUGGCCCAAUUCACCGCCCAUCAACUAAGCGAAAGGGUUGGGGACAUGGGGGCGUUGAAUGUUCCUCUGUAAAACCGGCGAAGGCAGAGCGAGAUAUACUGAUUGAAGAAGUGUCAAGCAUUGUCACAAACGAAGAACAGACGAACUAUACAGAUGACUAAGAGUGUGUUCUGAUUCUUCACCUGAACCAAAGGGUCCAGUGCUGCAGAGACACGGACUUCUCUGAGGCGCAUGAAGACGAAAGGUCUGAAUGCAGAUGCAGAAUAUUCCAGUGGAAACCACGUUUGGCGAUGAAUAAUUCUUCAACGACUCAGCCUCCCACUGACGAGAGUAAUGCCGUUGCCGGGUUCAUCCUUGUGCCCUUCUUUGUUCUGACGUUAAUUGGAUUUGCUGUUGCUAUGGUGAUGUACAUACAAAAGAGACGCAGGUUGGAUGCGUUGAGACACCAGUUGCUCCCGGUGUAUGCCUACGACCCCACUGAGGAACUGAAUGAAGCCGAGGAAGAACUGCUCCUGGACAGCGAUGAGCCCAAGCUGCUGCAAAGUUGGGGUGCAUCGCAACGGUCUAAAAGAACAUUUCACAUGAAAAGCUUAAAGUCUUGAUCUACUGGUCACAGUUCGGUGCAGGGACAAAAGAGGAUUGGGGACAGGUGAACGAUGGGCUUUGACAACAGGACUGUUACACAGCAAGUUUCCGAAAAGCAAUGUGCCAGAAGUGAAGAGCUCCAAACAUCACUGGAUUAACACUUGUACAAAAAUUAAAUCCCCAGUUGGUUGGCAUCAUUGAUCCCAAUGUAGGGUGCUUGCUGUAUGUUUAUUUGCCUUGGAGCCACAACUGGGGAACGAUCUUGUGACGAUAACAAACCAUAGAUCGUAUGGAAGACAUAAAAUACUGGAGUAACUCAGCGGGACGGGCAGCAUCUCUGGAGAAUAUGAAUAGGUGACGUUUCGGGUCUGAAGUAGGGUCCCAACCCCAUACGUCACCCCAAACGUCACCCACUCCUUUUCUCCAGAGAUGCUGCCUGACCCGCUGAGUUAUUCCAGCAAUUUGUGUCUAUCUUCGGUGUAAAGCAGCAUCUGCAGUUCCUUCCUACACCAUAGAUUGUAUGGAUUCACUGCGAGGGUUGGAACAAUUAAUGUAUCUGUGAGUUAGUUUUAUUUCUGAUGAUUUUGUUUUGUAAUUUCCAUUGGAAAUUUCUAGGGAUUUACUGAACAAUGCAAUCCAUACAGGAUGUGUGGAAGAUUUGGGGAUUAGCAUAAGGAAAUAUGUGUUGUGUAAAUCAUAUGCUUUAGAGUCCUCAUUUCUGGGCUCAAAAAUGUACAGACUUUAAACCCAAAGUUCCUGAGAUUUAUAACAAUAUUAUUUUACAUUAUAAACCAUCUAAUUCUCGGAGUGAUUAAUGACUUACUGAGAUUUUGAAAAUAAAUUAUGCAUUGAAAAAUCUUCAUCCCAUCUUUCUUAGUGGAGGCAGAGAAACAGUUAAAUGGAAAAACAAAAUAUUGUAGAUAUAAUAAAUGUAAAAUAAAAAGAGUACAGGCACCUCACAUUUUA